ACAAUGUUAUGCGCAGUACGUGUUGAAUCUGACGUUGACCGAAGCUGUGUGGAAGUUGGUCUGGAGAUAAACUUCCUUCGUAAGCUUAACCCGUUUCAUUACCUUAUACAAUACAAAAGAGACGUUAGAGAAGGGAACACAAAAGGCCUUGUACAUGGUGGACGCGAAAUAUUUUAUGGCAGCGGAGAGAAACGGUUACAACGGGCAGAUAUUCGAGGCCCUGAAGAAUAGGUUUCCCGAAAUUCCGGAGCAAGUCAUUUCUCAAACCCUGCAGGCUGAGCAUGGAAAUACAGAACGUUGCUUGAGGAUUCUCACAGCGGAGAGCGAUAGAUUUUUAUAUGGUGGUGGUGUUGACAUGUUAGACAGUCCGAUGCCAGUUCAACCAUCUUCCCAAAACACACCUGUAGAUGAACCUAUAUCAAUCACAAUUCCCACCACAAACACAUCCCCAUAUCUACCACACAGAACUCCUUUCAAGGAAAUGUACAAUGAGCAACACAAAUUGAUUAGAUUAAGAAAUGAAUUACUAGAAAAAGAGAAGGAACUGGUGGACUUUUUUCGUGUUGCUGCAAACCCCACUUCGACAGAUGUUAAACAUCUCAGAGAUGAAAAUCGUGUGCUAAGAGAAGAAAUUGAGCAGAUGACGCAUGAAAUUGAUCAACUUAGCUAUGGAAGAGAUGUUGUAAUAGGUCAUCCAAGUAAUAACCCAGCAAUACUUCAACCUCACCACCCUUCCCCAGGUAGGCCAACCCUGCAACAUUCUGAUGGAUGUUUUAUAAUUCUUUUUUCAGAAGAAACAACCUGGACUUGUACAGUUUGUACAUUUGCAAAUCAUGAGGCUUUGGAAGUUUGCGAAAUGUGUGACAUGCCAAGGAACCGGGCCUUGGAGGCUCGAGCGUGA